GUAGGGGGUGGGGCCUCGGCGGGAAACGCUCCCUCGGAUUGGUCCAAACUAUCGAGGGUGGGUGCUGUAGUGCGUCUAGGCGCGAAAGCUCGAACUCCGCUGCCGGGCUGGAGACAGCGGGAGCGGCCGCCCGCAGGUUGAGGCUACUGAGGACCGGUUCUCCCGGAGCUGCGCGGUAGGGAGGCCGGAAUCAUGACCGGCGAGGUGGGUUCCGAGGUCAACCUGGAAGUCAGUGAUCUAAAACUGGUUUCACAAGAAUCAGCGGACAGUCCUGUAGACAGCGGACAAGGCAGCUUUGAAACACUCGAGCCCCUGAGUGAAAGAGAUUCUGACGAAGAGAUAUUUGUGAGUAAGAAAACGAAGAGCAGGAAAGCGCUGCAAGACAGUGAUUCUGAGGCCGAGGACAGAGAUGCCUCUCCAGAGAAACCCACCUAUGACAGCGCGGAGGAGAAUAAGGAGAACUUACACUCGAAGAGGAACAGGAAGGUCAAAAGCCUUUCUAAGACUCUGGCCGACAGCGACGAGAGUAGCAUGGAGGGAACUGUGUGUCAGGAGAAUCCCGACACUCAAGACACACCUUCCUUAGAGCUGAGCCUCCAGUCUGGAAGCCCCGUGGACCUCACCACUGACAGAAAGCUUGCCAAAAAACUCUCCAGAGAAGGAACUGAAGGAAAAGCAAAAGCAAAAUCCAAGAGACGACUCGAGAAAGAGGAGAGAACGAUGGAAAAAAUUAGGCGGCUAAAAAAGAAGGAAACAAGAUAUGAGGAAAGUGAUGCAGACCAGCCGCUUAAUGACAGUGGCUGUCGUCUUGAAGAUAGUGACCUUUUUGAAACAGGUUUGGAAGAAGAAAAUGACUCUUCAUUGGAAGACGAAGAGUCAUUAGAGUCGAUAAGGGCAGCUGUGAAAAACAAAGUGAAAAAUCACAAGAAAAAGGAACCAUGCCUGGAGAGUGAGACAUUUUCAUUAGAAGAAGAAAAUGAAUUUUCUAAAGGCAGUGGGAGGAAGGAAAGAAAGGCAGCGAGGUUAAGUAAGGAAGCCUUAAAAAAGCUGCAUAGUGAGACUCAGCGUCUCGUCCGAGAAUCUGCACUUAAUCUUCCAUAUCAUAUGCCUGAGAAUAAAACUAUUCAUGAUUUCUUCAAACGUAAACCCCGGCCCACUUGCCAGGGAAAUGCCAUGGCCCUGCUAAAGUCAUGUAAGUAUCAGUCAGGCCAUUACAAGGAAGCCAUAAACGCAGCAGAUGCAGCUGGAGUGAAUGCCGAUGGCCCCAGCAAAGGCUGUGAGCAGACGACAGGUGCAGAGAUUGCAGAGGAAGCUAGUGUUCUCCCUGAGGUCUCUGAAGAAGCUGGGGUCACUGCUGGAUCAGAGGAGGCUCAUGGGGAGGAGCCGCUAAGACACAGAGAGCUGGACAUUGAGGAGACUGAGGAGCACAGUGAUGACAGACCUCCUCCUGGGGACAGAUCAGUGUCACAGCAGGGAUCCCCCAUCUCCAGGAACAAGGCCAGUGAGGGGUAUCAGGUUGGGGAACUCACGGCACCUGACCCUCACAUGCUUGAGGGAGAAAAACUGAAAAACACAGAAGAAAGAGACUCAAAAGAGGCAGAGCUGGAGCAGAAAACUAAGUUGUCAGUAGCUGCGCCCCCCGAAAAGGUGAGAAGAUUCACUGUGGACCGACUCAGACAGCUGGGAGUGGAUGUUUCCAUCCAGCCACGGCUGGGCGCUGAUGAAGAUUCCUUUGUGAUACUCGAUGAGCCUGAAACCAACAGAGAAUUGGAAGCCUUGAAGCAGCGCUUCUGGAGACAUGCUAAUCCAGCAGCCACUCCCAGGGCUCGUCAGACGGUGAACGUGAACAUCAUAGUGAAGGACUUGGGCAGUGAUGGGAAGGAAGAGCUAAAGGCAGAUGUGGUGCCUGUGACUUUGGCAGCUGAGAAGCUGGAUGAAGCAAGCCACACAAAACCAGGUGAAAAGCUGCAGAUGCUAAAAGCUAAAUUGCAGGAGGCAAUGAAACUGCGAAGGUUUGAGGAGCGGCAAAAGCGCCAAGCAUUAUUUAAAUUAGAUAAUGAAGAUGGCUUUGAGGAGGAGGAGGAGGAGGAGGAAGAGGAAGAAAUGACAGAGGAGUCUGAAGAAGAUGGAGAAGAGGAGGUUGAAGAAGAGGAGGAGGAUCAAGACAUUCCAGAGGAGGAGGAGGAGGAAGAGGAAGAAAUGACAGAGGAGUCUGAAGAAGAUGGAGAAGAGGAGACUACAGAAUUUCUUCUUGGUAGUGAAGAUACAGAAACCAAAGAUGACAAAGAGACAGACAAAGAAAAUACGGACGUCAGUAGUGAAAUCGGCAAGUGUGUUGACCUCUCUGUUCCCAAGCCCCUCUCCUCGGAUUCCACCUUACUUCUGUUUAAGGACAGCUCUUCCAAGAUGGGUUACUUUCCUACUGAAGAAAAAUCGGAAACAGAUGAACACUUGGGCAAGCAGUCUGGCAAACUGGAUGAAGAUGACUCCUGUUCACUGCUGACAAAGGAGAGCAGCCACAAUAGCAGCUUUGAGCUGAUUGGCUCCACAAUUCCAUCCUAUCAGCCUUGCAACAGACAAACAGGCCGUGGGACCAGUUUUCUCCCUACAGCAGGUGGAUUCAGAUCCCCUUCCCCUGGGCUGUUUCGAGCCAGUUUGAUCAGCUCAGCUUCUAAGAGUUCAGGAAAACUGUCUGAGCCUUCACUUCCCAUAGAGGAUUCCCAGGAUCUGUACACCGCCUCCCCAGAGCCUAAGACACUUUUCCUAGGAGCAGGAGACUUCCAGUUCUGUUUAGAAGAUGACACUCAGAGCCAACUGUUGGAUGCAGAUGGAUUUUUAAACAUUAGAAAUCACCGGAAUCGAUAUCAAGCUUUGAAGCCUCAGUUGCCACUGGCCAGUAUGGAUGAGAACGCCAUGGAUGCCAACAUGGAUGAGCUGCUGGAUUUGUGUACUGGACAGUUUACAUCUCAGUCUGAAGAGAAAUGUCCACCUCAGAAGAAUAACAAAAAAGAAGACAUGGAGGAACUUCUGAAUCUUUGCUCAGGCAAAUUUCCUUCUCAAGACGCCUCCCCUGUGGCUCCCCUGGAGCUGGGCAAGCAGGAGAAGGAGAGCAGCACGGAUGACCCAAUGGAAGAGGCACUUGCUCUUUGCUCCGGCUCCUUCCCAACAGACAGGGAGGAAGAGGGUGAAGAGGAGGAAUUUGGAGACUUUCAGCUUGUUUCAAAGGAAAAUGAAUUUGGUAGUGAUGAGGAUGAACACAGUGACUCCGGUGACGAAGAGCUGGCCCUGGACCAGGAGGAUGAUGAAGAAGAGCUCCUAAAGCAGUCUGAGAAGAUGAAAAGGCAAAUGAGACUGAAGAAAUACCUGGAAGAUGAGGCAGAGGUGUCGGGAAGUGAUGUGGGAAGUGAAGACGAGUAUGACGGGGAAGAGAUUGACGAAUAUGAAGAAGACGUCAUUGAUGAAGUGCUUCCUUCUGAUGAGGAACUGGAGAGUCAGAUCAAGAAAAUACACAUGAAAACCAUGUUGGAUGAUGAUAAGCGACGACUGCGUUUAUACCAGGAGAGGUACCUUGCUGACGGGGAUCUGCACAGCGAUGGGCCUGGACGAACGAGAAAAUUCCGGUGGAAACACAUAGGUAUCUACGUGUGUGUAUUUGUCUACUUUAAGAUUGCUCAACAGGGGAAAAUUGCUGCUGACGAAGAAGACAUUGGGGAAGACAGUCAGUUUAUGAUGCUUGCCAAGAAAGUUACAGCCAAGGCACUGCAGAAGAAUGCCAGUCGGGCUGUGGUUGUUCAGGAGUCCAAGUCUGUGCCCAGUAACCCUUUUGAAGCCAUCAGACCAGGAAGUGCUCACCAGCUGAAGAUGGGCUCCUUGCUAAACCAGCCCAAGACUGUGCUUCAGAAACUCUCUGCCCUGUCUGACCUCAACCCCAGCGCUCCCCGAAACUCAAGAAACUUUGUCUUUCAUACACUUUCUCCUACCAAGGCCGAGGCAGCAAAGGAAUCAUCUAAGCCUCAGGUGAGAAGAAAGGGGCCAUCAUUAAUGAUGUCACCAUCUCCUAAACGGCUAAAGACAGAUGAUAGCAGUCCAGGACCAAAGCGAAGCAUCUUCAGAUACUUGGAAAGCUAACACUAUCCAGGAUGCCAGCAUCUGCUGAAACUGCUCCAAGUAGGUCUGGUCCCUAACGGUGGGACUGGCGUUUGCGCCGAUGACCUCUCCUCCGUUGACCGAUGCAUCAUGGGCAGAGUUUCCAGUUUCCAGUUCUUGUACCACACACUCUUGAUGGCAGUUUUCUCUCCUAGUGUUAUUUCCAGUUCGGCCACUAUUCUUAUCACUACAGUUUCCAACAGCGACUUACAGAAUAAUUGAAGUCUCACUUCUUCUGUUAAGCAUUUGACAUUUUUUCCUAGCAGUUUCCUGGGUUGACACCACUUUGAAAUGAGGUGUUUGGAGGAGGAAGAAAGUGUGGCAUUAUAGAAAAUUACAGAAAGCACUGAAAGCCAGCACUGGGAUGACUCCUCCACACCCACGCGACCUGUAACAUGGUAACCAGGACCAGUGUGAGUGGCUUAGAUGGAGGGCCUAAGAACCACCGACCGACCGGCUGUUGCGUCAACCUUGUUCCUUCUGUUCCUGUAAGCUUCCAGGCUUCAUUUCUAAUUAACCUUUACUACCUUUGAAAUGAGGACUUAAGCUGGUACCUAGUUCAUUUUCUGGAGUGUGGGAAGAAGAUGAGGUUAUACCCGGUGUCUACCCACACCGGGUAAUCUGUGGAAGAGAGACUUUCCCUGGGACCAGAUCUCAAAACGUUCGGUUGUGAGCCUCCCCUCUGCUGACAGAAGAAACCCCGACCACUGUUGAUUGCAUCUCUUGGGCUGAGUUUGUUGUCCUGACCAGUCAAUAGUUCAUCACUAAUACUGAGGGCAGACGAGUGGAAUUUAAUAAAAACGCUGAAGAGAGCUGCCACCGCUCGCCCUCCUUGGUCUGCCACUGGGUUUUCAGAAGUAUAGACAACCGUCCUUCUCAGAAGUGAACUCAGUGCUGCUUUGCCAAAACCAUCCAGAGGAAGGUUGGCUUCAGUGUCGAAAGCUGAACACAGGAAGUCGGAGGAGAUUGUGUCUGUCUUUUAUUGAGAGACAUAAAAAAGCCAAUUUAAUUGAUGAAAAUAAGGUGUAGGUUUUCUGUUGAUUGCUAGGGGUUUUGUUUUUCUAAUACUCAGGAUGCUGACUUGGAAGGAAUAUAAAUUUGUAUAUUUGUAAUCUUGUAAUGGGAGAAAUGUGUAUAAAACUGUUUUAAUGUGUAUGUAGGUUUUAAAUAAAUCUCAUUGCCUUCAGGGCAGGGUUUGCUGUC